GUGUGCGUGAGAAGAAAAGAGGAAUAUGUUGCCAUAGUUACCGCGCAAGUUGGUUUUAUAGUUAGCUUCAUCUAAAACAUCGUUUAAAACCUAACCUUAAAUAUAAGAAUUAUAUUAAAAGUAUUGUUUUAGUUUAAAUAAUUAUUGAAAUGGGUAAAAAUUCAGGACCACCAUCUAUUUAUCAACCCAGAUUUUUACAGGGAUCUGAAUGUAUGUAUUGUAAUGGUUUUUAUGGAUCAUGUUUUGAUGAGCAUGUAUGCCAAACAUGUCACGCAUUUCUUUAUCCAGUUAUUGCGCCAGAUAUCCCAAAAGCAACAAAUCUUUCAGAAGAAGAUGACAGUGAUUCAGGAAAUGAUGAACCUGCUGAUAACAACUACCAACCUCCCUUAGAACAGGAACAAGCUGUUAAUAAUAAUGGCACAGAAGAACCACUCAAUGUUAAAUUAAGAACAUUAACCGAACAGUUAACAAAACUUGGUGACAGAAUUAAUCAACCAAUUGCAAUUAAUAUUGAUCAAUUACCACCUGAAGUUUUAAUCCAUGCAAUACAAUUUUUGGAUGAUAUAUCACUUUGGAGUUUUGGCCAAGUAAACCAAAGAUGGAGAAGUAUAAUGUUAAUGUAUGCAGAUCAAAAUUAUUGGAAAAGACAAGUCCAUACACAUUGGCCACUCUUAAAUUUAGGAGAUAAUCACAUUGUUGAGGAUUGGCAUGGGCUUUAUACAACAUUAAUGAACAGCAGUUGCUGUAUAAAAUGUAUACAACAAAUGUCUGAAAAAGACUAUGUAAAUGAAGAGGAAAGUAGUUGGAGAAAAAAUCGUUUGCGUUCAGAAUUAAGGGCGUUAAGAACAGAUGCUCCAGAUGGUAUACAAGCAAUACCACUAGAUGGGCAUUACUACCAUUGGCAAGCUACCAUAAUCGGUUCUGAAGGAAGUUGUUAUGAAGGCGGAACAUUUUUUUUAUACAUCCAAAUACCUUGUACUUACCCAAUGUCGCCACCGCGAGUACGUUUUUUAACGAAAAUAUUUCACCCCAAUAUUUCACGACAUGGCGAUAUUGGUAUUGACUCAAUAAAUACGAAUUGGUCAUUGGCGUUGACUAUAAGUAAAGUUUUAAUAUCUAUACAGUCGAUUUUAACCGAUCCAGUCUGUGAUGUUUGUAUGGAAAGAGAGGUUGGCCAGCUUUAUUUGGAAGAUAGAACUACUUUUGAAGAAGAAGCGCGAAGGUGGACUUGGAAAUAUGCUAUGCAUUCCUAUUUACCUAAUUAAUGUUUAAGAAAAUAAUUAAUUAACAAAUAACUGUGUUUUAUUUUAUAUUAUUUAACCAA